UUUGGAGUGGAAGUCGAAACCUUGCAUCAAAAUCGACACAGCAAACUACAGGUUUUGUUUGAUGUUUUCUCGGAAUACACUGGUGAUGAGUAAGUAACAGCAUAGAACAGGAAUGUUUUAUUAACUUUAACCCCAAACCUCUCGCUAGAAAAUCGCUGAGAGUCUUUUAUUUUGAUUGGAAACCAUAAUUUCUAAGCAGUUGAAGAGUUCAACACGAUGUCAUUCGACGCACACAAGAUGAUAGAGAACUCAUCUGUUGCGUUCCUCUUCGCGGAGGACGCCAAUUAUGAGGAGAUCUUUGCCCUUCCGCAAACCUUUCGCCUCGAAGAGGAGGGAGCCUUCUUCUCCCGGUCCGCUAUGGAAAAGGCCAUGAACUGGGAACCGGGCGGUGCGGACUUUCCCGCCCUCAUCGAGAAGGUGCGAGCCGCCGCCGGCGUCACCGCUGGGGUGCAGCCGAAACAAGCCGUGGGCGACCCGGCGCCGCCAGCUUUCCGGAUGGGUAGUGGCACUUCGCUGACCGUCGUCGCCCCAGGGUUCAAGUACUUGUCGAAACAUAAGUUUGUGGAUGCCGUGGCGAACUCCGUUGGACUCGACGAGGACCCUCCCUGCAGCAUGUCAACAUCCGGGAAUGAUGCCAAGCCACACGAAUCUGCUUCUUCCGGAACCGCGGUGCAGGGCCAAGAUGAAACUUCCCGAAACGACGGCGAGUUAUCCGACGACGGGUUAUCCGACGAGUCGAGCGAGUCUGGUCCCGACGACAGCGAGUUAUCCGACGACGGGUUAUCCGACGACGGCGAGUUAUCCGACGAGUCUGUUCCCGACAGCGAGUUAUCCGACGACGGCAGCCUCCAGUUGGAACUGCACCGUAUUGACAAGCUGAUCGAGUUCGACAAGUUCUUGCUGCAGAACAAACCGUUCUUCGACAGCCUGUAUGAGAAGCUGCACAAGAAAAAAGACAUCUUGGACCGAGCAUUCCGUUGGCUGCGGCGCGUCUCCGACGGCUUCGAAGUCCUGUUGAGCCACGCCUACGGGGACCUCGGCGACGACGACGAGACGCUGCACGGAGCACCCGACUCGAUGCACGCAAUGGCUUAUCAUAGAUUAUUGUGUCGAAGAAUCGAGAGCUGGAACCCGAGUUUCGAGGUGAAGUACCGCUUGAAAAACGUCGGUGGUGAAGUGCUGCUGCGCGACCAAAUACGGGUGCAGAUAAAUGAUGCGGAUUUCAAAUUUACGGAUGAAAGCUAUCGCCAGUACAUGGAAAAUCACGAAGCUGGUAAGAACUCGUUUCGUUGAAAAAGAGGCGCGCACAGUCGUGAGAUUUCUUGCUUUUGGGGCUAGAUAAUCUGUACUAUUCAGUUUUAUUCACAUUGUAAAUAAUUCAAUGAACGAUUUCUAUACAACAGGUGACCUUCUAGAAACUCUCGAUAGCCGCGGAGAAAUUUCUGAUGAUUCUCCAGAGGAGGAAUUGUGCAGCGCGCUGUCGCGCAAGUGUAAUGCGAUGGCGCAAGCGGAGGUGGCUGCAGUAUCGGAGAAGUUGCAGCAGCACUUCGGAUUUCUACCUGCAGGAUCGCUUGACAUUGAAAUGAAGGACAAGUGUACUGAUUUUGAGUUGUCGUACAAGUCCUGGUUUCGGGAUCCGCGAAUCAGGUUCACUACCCCAUCUUUUUCACCCAGCACUGCACUUGACCUAGAUCCGGUCGCUGGAACGCUGGUUGGCUGCGAAUGGCGAUUUCGGGCGGCCGCGCGCGAAUCCGCGUUUCCAACGCUGGUACCAUCUUGCUGCAUGCCGCGAAGCGAUGACAAGGUGGUGCGCGUUCCGAUACUAGCCAGAGUCGAGUGUUGUUCGAACACGACCCAACGAGACGAAGAGGCAGGUGGGUUGGACGUCAUGAAGAUCGGCAUCGAGCGGCGUUCCAGAGUUUUGUCGCCACCGGCAUCUCCCCGAGGCAGUGAGGAAGAAGAAUCCGCCGGCAGCCAUCAAGACUUUCUGGAAACCGAGCAGGAUCUUCAAGAAGCAUCGGCAAGUCGGGAAUUACAAGCGCACAAGAAAACCGAAACGGUAGUGCAAGAGUUUGAAAUCGUUAGGAUUUCGUAUCCGCGACACCGAACUGCAGAUGAAGAAAAGACAGAUUGUGGCGAGGAGCAAGGUGUAGUGCAGUACGCCCACAAAGAAUUUGAAUUCCUGCCGGAUUCGGAGCCAAGCGCCACCGAUUUCGCGGACCACCUGCGCGUGGUUGUUCGGAUUAUCAAGGAAAGUCGGACGGAGGCGUCGCAGGAGUUGCUUCGGAUUCUGCCGCGGAUCAAGCAAGCCUUUCCCAGCUACUCGACCCUUUGCAACGACGAGGACUACACGAAGUGGCACUCGCACAAGCUGACGUUUUGGGUGGACGGAAUGUACGAGGACGAUGUGCCGGAAAAAAAGAACAAGAAGUUGUGCGCCAGCGGAAGAUAUCAAAUGUAAAAAUGUCUGGGUCUGGAAGAGUGCCAGACUUGUCAUGCAGAUUUUACAUGACAUAUGACGUCUGUAAUGCGCCAUAACUUGGCAUCACAGAUUUUUAGCGGGCUUUCUGAUGCCUAUCCCGCAUGAGAAGUACCCUCUCCAUGUAGCACAAACUGGACCCCUCUUGCUGGUCAUGCAAUACAGAUUUUUUUUAGAAUGCAGAAACAGCAUCACAAGUUGCAAUCUUCCAGACCCAGACACUUUUGCAUUUGAUAGAAGAUGGGGUAGUGACGACCCCGUGGGAACCACAGCCUCUGCUGCAUGCGCGAGAGGCUCGACUGAGGAGGAGCAGGAAGAACAAGAAGUAUCGAUCGACGCAGCGUCUGAGCCCUCGCCUGUGCACCGAGUUCUCCGCUCUCAUGAUUCGUGGUUCGAUGUGGUGCGUUCUGUUGAAAAGCAUCGACGCACGAAUGGCAUCUCGCAGAACAAGCCGCUCGACAUCACGGUUGCAGUUCGAAUCGAAGCCACUGCAUCUGCUUCAAAAGAAGACUCGGAGGACGCCGAGGAAGAGAGCUCCGAGGACGAAGAAGGAGGAAUGGAAGACGAGAACCCCGCCGGUGAGGAAUAAAUCAGGUACCGAGGUAGAUCUGAGAAACGGAAAUACGAAAGAUAGAGAUUUAUUAUCGCAGGAGCCCGUCCUGCUCAAGGAAUACUGUAAUGACCUAGAAGAAGAUUACGGAAGACAAUCGCGGCCUUUUUGCUGAGAAUGAAAUCGAUGUUGACCAUGACAUCAAUCACGCCUCCCCGGUGUAUAGAAAAUGCUCUGGACCACCUGCGGUGUGUAAUGUUGUGCACUUAAAACUUGAUGUGGAUCAAUGGCGUUAUCGUUGCUCGCAGCGCUUUUGUUCCUGGUUCACUCAGUUUGGAUUUGGUCCUCAGCACCAAGAAGCCGGAAGCUAAAAAGCUUUGUUUGAUUGUGUCGUCCUCCGCAGCCUCACACAAGAUGGAUCGAUUUUCCUUGUAUACUCAGGCAGGAUUUCGAUUUUGUCGAUUUCGC